AUGGUUGCUAACACCUAUAUAUCAUGUACAUUAUUAUUCACUUUCCCACCUUUAUUCCCAUAUACAAUAUAUUCUUAUGCAACCUCAAAACCACUCACUGUCCUACUCCUCUCAUACACCCUCAAACCCACUCACUCUCCUACUCCCACACAUUCUCAUACACCCUCAAAACCACUCACUGUCCUACUCCCACACAUUCUCAUACACCCUCAAACACACUCACUGUCCUACUCCCACACAUUCUCAUACACCCUCAAACCCACUCACUGUCCUACUCCCACACAUUCUCAUACACCCUCAAACCCACUCACUGUCCUACACCCACACAUUCUCAUACACCCUCAAACCCACUCACUGUCCUACUCCCACACAUUCUCAUACACCCUCAAACCCACUCACUGUCCUUCUCCCACACAUUCUCAUACACCCUCAAACCCACUCACUGUCCUACUCCCACACAUUCUCAUACACCCUCAAACCCACUCACUCUCCUACUCCCACACAUUCUCAUACACCCUCAAACCCACUCACUGUCCUACUCCCACACAUUCUCAUACACCCUCAAACCCACUCACUGUCCUACUCCUACACAUUCUCAUACACCCUCAAACCCACUCACUCUCCUACUCCCACACAUUCUCAUACACCCUCAAACCCACUCACUCUCCUACUCCCACACAUUCUCAUACACCCUCAAACCCACUCACUGUCCUACUCCCACACAUUCUCAUACACCCUCAAACCCACUCACUGUCCUACUCCUACACAUUCUCAUACACCCUCAAAACCACUCACUCUCCUACUCCCACACAUUCUCAUACACCCUCAAACCCACUCACUGUCCUACUCCCACACAUUCUCAUACACCCUCAAACCCACUCACUGUCCUACUCCCACACAUUCUCAUACACCCUCAAACCCACUCACUGUCCUACUCCCACACAUUCUCAUACACCCUCAAACCCACUCACUGUCCUACUCCCACACAUCUCAUACACCCUCAAACCCACUCACUGUCCUACUCCCACACAUUCUCAUACACCCUCAAACCCACUCACUGUCCUACUCCCACACAUUCUCAUACACCCUCAAACCCACUCACUGUCCUACUCCCACACAUUCUCAUACACCCUCAAACCCACUCACUGUCCUACUCCCACACAUUCUCAUACACCCUCAAACCCACUCACUGUCCUUCUCCCACACAUUCUCAUACACCCUCAAACCCACUCACUGUCCUACUCCCACACAUUCUCAUACACCCUCAAACCCACUCACUCUCCUACUCCUACACAUUCUCAUACACCUUCAAACCCACUCACUGUCCUUCUCCCACACAUUCUCAUACACCCUCAAACCCACUCACUGUCCUACUCUCACACAUUCUCAUACACCCUCAAACUCACUCACUACUCCCACACAUUCUCAUACACCCUCAAACCCACUCACUGUCCUACUCCCACACAUUCUCAUACACCCUCAAACCCACUCACUGUCCUACUCCCACACAUCCUCAUACACCCUCAAACCCACUCACUGUCCUACUCCCACACAUUCUCAUACACCCUCAAACCCACUCACUGUCCUUCUCCCACACAUUCUCAUACACCCUCAAACCCACUCACUGUCCUACUCCCACACAUCCUCAUACACCCUCAAACCCACUCACUGUCCUACUCUUCACAUUUUCGCUCCCUCAAACCCACUCAUUAAUUUUUCUCAUGUUUAUUUACAAUAUCUCGAACAUUUACACUCACACAUACUAUUUCUCACAUUCACAAAAGUAAUUAUUUACAAUUUCUUACACAAUCACCUUUACACCAUCAAAAUCUUCCUCGCUAACAAUCACACAUUUACACAACCUGGUAACAAUAUGUAACCUUGUCAAUAUAUAUUAAGAAAAUAGUGUCUGCUGGCCUAUAUUACAUUCGAAAAAUCAUUUACAUAAAUUUGUAGUUAUUUGAAAAAAAAAAAAAAAACGCAUUUCUUCAUAGUAAAACCAUGGC